AUGGAUGGCCCAGGCCAGACCUCGAAUGCCGCCCCCGCGGGCAACUCCAGCGAUUUCGUGCGCAAACUGUAUAAAAUGCUGGAGGACCCCUCAUAUGCGUCCAUUGUGCGCUGGGGCGAUGAAGGGGACAGCUUUGUGGUUUUAGAGUGCGAGAAAUUUACAAAGACUAUCCUACCGAAGCACUUCAAGCAUAGCAAUUUCGCCAGUUUUGUGCGCCAACUCAACAAAUACGAUUUCCACAAAGUCCGCCAGAACAACGAGGAGAAUGGUCAAUCGCCAUACGGUCAAAAUGCUUGGGAAUUUAAACACCCAGAAUUUCGAGCCAACAGCAAGGAAUCUCUCGAUAAUAUUCGCCGGAAAGCACCUGCUCCCCGAAAACAAACCCAACCCACCGAUGACUCCGUUCCCACCCAACAGAUCGAUCUGCUGAACCAGCAGAUCCUCGCCCAGCAACAACAGAUCCAACACCUUUCCGAUCGCUAUGCGCAACUUAGUGUGGACCAUCAACUUAUGUUGCAGGAGGUCAUGCGGGUACAGAAGACAGUGUUGAAUCAUGAGAAUGUCAUUCAUCAGGUGAUGAAUUACUUACUCUCAGUCGAUGCACGGCAACGUCGGGAUAGUAAGGCUGUUGGGUUCCAAGGACAAGGCUCGAAUAUGAGUCCCAUGCAGGUGGGCGCAGUAGAUGAUGAGCCAUCAUCACCAUUACAGCAAGCCUCGAAGUUGCUCAACGACAUGAAUGCCGAGAUCCAAUUCAACCUUGCCAACAUGGAUGCAGCCAACGAUCCCCAAAAGGCAGCAGGCGCCGCUCCUGUUGCUACACCCACCAUGGAUGCAUCGCGGAAUGGAAUGGUUCGACCAGCAACCACUGCGCCUCCGAACCCUGCGAUGGUCUACCCUAAGAUGGGUGGCGACCUGGAACAGGUUGUUUACCCAGUGGGAGCUACCAAUGGUAUCGACCCCAUGUAUAGUGAACACAUCAACAACGUCCCAUACCCGAUGCCUACCAAGACCGAGGUCGAUACUGCGGAGGUCCGCCGGCAGCAACCUGACAAUCGGAAAAAGAGUACGAACGUCGAUCCCGGCUGGAUGCGCAGCCCACGGAUCUUGUUGGUAGAGGACGAUGCGACAUGUCGGCAGAUUGGCGGCAAAUUCUUAUACUCAUUCUCCUGUGUGAUUGACACUGCGUUCGAUGGUUUGGAGGCUGUGAACAAGAUGCAGGGUGGAACCAAGUACGAUCUGAUUCUAAUGGAUAUCAUCAUGCCAAAUCUGGACGGUGUAUCGGCCUGUCACUUAAUCCGCCAAUUCGACCAAACCCCCAUCAUUGCGAUGACUUCGAAUAUCCGCAGUGAUGACAUUCAAUUAUACUAUCAACAUGGCAUGAAUGAUGUCUUGCCUAAACCAUUCACCCGCAAGAGUCUUCUCGAUAUGCUGGAGACUCAUCUCACCCACCUCAAGACUAUCCCCCAAAGUAUUGAAGGCCCUCCAGCUCCCGUGGCCGUGACAAUGGCGGCGGCUCAGACAUCAGCCACUCAAUCGAUCAAAGAAGACAGUUCCCCGGGGAUGCAAGCAGUUCCACCAAACAUGCCUCCCAUCCAAGGGCAAUAUGUUCCAGCGGCGGCAGCACCUCCAACAGCAUAUGCUGUUGAUCCGAAUGGCGUCCAGUUUCCCGCUCCGCCAGUAGCAGUGCCAUCUACAGGAGCUCCGAUUCGUCCCCAGCAUCGCCGACAAAUGUCAGAGAUGUCCAGUGCUGCCGAGAACCAGAAUAUGGCGAAACGACAGCGCAUGUACACUCAACCCCAGCCGAUGAUGGCAGUACAGGCCGGUCGACCUGGUUAA